AAGAAACUCAGUAGGAGUAAACAGUUAUUGGGUGUCUUGUUUUCAUUAAAGUCUUGGAACUAGUAAGCCUAAACAGCUAACAAAAGUUACUAUAUUCCAAAAGUAAACACAGCUAUUCACAUACAGCAAUGUCAUCCUUCAAUACUGCGAUGACUGAAAUGCUUCAGUGUUCAAUCUGUCUGGAUGUAUUUACUGAUCCAAUCAGCACUCCAUGUGGACACAACUUCUGCAAGAUCUGCUUGAAGACAUGUUGGGACAACAGUGAGAACUACAGCUGUCCAAACUGUAGAGAAACAUUCAAGCAAAGACCUGAACUCAAGAUUAAUACAACACUCAGAGAUCUUGUGGAUGAACAUAAGAAGAAAACUGCAGAGAAACAACCUGAAGUCCUCUGUGACAUCUGUGAGGAAGUAAAACUGAAGGCUGUGAAGUCCUGUCUGGUGUGUCAGAGCUCUUAUUGUGAAACUCAUCUGGAGCCUCAUAUGAGAGUGACAGGUUUACAGAAACACAAACUGAUUGAUCCUGUAAAUAAUCUGCAGGAUUAUAUAUGUCAGAAACAUGAGAGACCUCUGGAGCUCUUCUGUAGAGAUGAUCAGACAUGUGUGUGUCUCAUCUGUACUGUCACAGAUCACAAGAAUCAUGACUUUGUUUCUGUAAAGGACGAGAGUGAAGAGAAGAAGAUUGAGCUGUUGAAGACACAGACAGACUUGCAGCAGAAGAUCCAAGACAGAAUCAAGAAGAUUCAAGAUAUCAAACAUUCAGGAGAACUCAAAAGAAGAAACACAGAGAAGGAGAAAGCAGCCAGCGUGGAGAUCUUCACUGAUCUCAUCAGAUCCAUUGAGAGAUGUCAGUCUGAACUGAUGGAGAUGAUGGAGGAGAAGCAGAAAGCAGCAGAGAAACAGGAUGAAGAUCUCAUUAAAGAUCUGGAGCAGGAGAUCACUGAGCUGAAGAGAAGAAACACUGAGCUGGAGAAGAUCACAAACACUGAAGAUCAUCUACACAUCAUACAGAUUCACUCAUCCAUCUGUAGGCCUUUAAACAUCAAGAACUGGCCUGAGAUCAGUAUGAAGAGUCAUGUGAGUGUGGAGGAGACGAGGAGAUCUUUGACUGAACUGCAGGAGACUCUUCAUGAGAAACUUGGUAAAGCCGUGUUAAAGAGGAUGCAGCGGUAUGCAGUGGAUGUGACUCUGGAUCCUGAUACAGCAAAUCCAUAUCUUACAUUGUCUGAUGAUAAGAAACAAGUGAAAUAUGGAGACAUUAGGCGUGAUCUUCCAUACAACCCAAAGAGGUUUGAUAUAUAUUAUAAUGUCCUGGGUAAUGAGGGAUUCUCAUCAGGGAGAUUUUAUUAUGAGGUUGAGGUGAAAAGAAAGACUGAAUGGCAGUUAGGUGUGGUCAGAGAAUCUGUUAAAAGGAAGGAAUUAAUCACGAAGACACCAGCGAAUGGAUUCUGGACUGUGUGGAUGAGGAAUGAAAAUGAAUAUAGAGUUUGUGCUGAUCCUGAUGUCUUUCUGUCAGUGAAAGUGAGUCCACAGAAAGUGGGUGUGUUUGUGGAUUAUGAGGAGGGUUUGGUCUCCUUUUAUGAAGUGGAGUCCAGAUCUCAUAUCUUCUCUUUCACUGAUCAAUCUUUCAAUGAGAAACUCUAUCCAGUUUUGAACCCAUGUGACAAUGAAAAUGGUAAAAACUUAGUCCCGAUGAUUAUUACACCUGUCCAUUACAAUCAGUAAAUUAAAAACCUCAUACAUAUUUAAAUAAACUUAUAAGUUAAAAUAAUUAGUUAGUCAGUUUAAAAUAUGAUUCAUUCUUGAUUCAACUUCAGGUUCAGGUUGUACAUGUAAUGAAAGUGAAGUUACUUGAAUUAAUAAAUAAAAUGUGUGUCUUAAAACCCAAUGGGCAUUCAUUGAAUGAUCAUAAAUGGCUCAUUUUAGGUUAAUUAAAAUAUUAUACAUUUACAAACAGAUGUAUUUUAGUUUUAUUGAAGAAAUGUAACUUGUUUAGGUUCAUGUAUGAGAGAAAAGUUACAGUUAAAGUUACUUGGAUUAAUAAAUAAAAUGUGUGUCCU